AUGUUGCCUAUAACUAGAGGUAAAAGAAUUUCAUUAUUGGCAGUUGGCGAACUUAAUAAUAGUGAUGAAAAUGAACCAUUAAACCAAAUAGUGGAUGAAAUAACUUUUCAGAAAGAGGGUACUACUAAAAUCCUUAAUACGGAUAAUAUAGUAGUAGAAAUUAACAUUGAUGGUAAUGUUGGAUAUAAUGACCAAAGUAAUAACAGCAGUGGCUAUCCAUCCGUUCUCCUUGCAAUAGCUGAAUUUCCAUCGAGAGAAAUUUUUAUACACGACCAAGUACAAAAUUGCAAUAUUAUUGAAGAGAUAAAUGGUAGUGUUACUGUAGAAUUAGAUAGUAAUGAAAAUGCGCUUGAUUUGUUGAUAAACACUCAGGAACCAGCUGCAAUUUUUGAAGAAAAUGUUAAUGAAGACUCUGCUGACAAAAACCAAGAGAAAACCUAUUUAAACUUAUCAACUUUCUACUCGAGAGAAAAUGGCGAUAAGGAAAUAAAUUCUAGUGUUGGUGAUGAUAGCAGAGAUAAAGAUUAUAUUGUACCUGACACUUAUGGAGCAAAUACCAGUUCUAGUGACAAUGAAGCUGAGAACUAUUAUGAAAAAGUUGCUGAAACAGAAGAAAUGGUUGAGGAAACUGAACUGGGUAAGAAAAUUCUCACAAAAAAAGAUCUAGAAAUCCAGACAAUUGGGAGAAGAAUGUGUUAA